AUGCCUACGGCCGCCGGGGCUCGGGCCCUGCUGUCGGUGCAGACUCCCUCUAGAGCCAAUCGAUUGCCCCGCGCCCUUGUCCACGCCAGUCCGACCUCCGCUGUCGCUUCCGCUGCCAUUCGUAGCGCUCUUCCACAUCGACGCCGUAUUCCCCGCCGUCCGAAUGGCCCCGCCAUAACCACCCGCAGCUUCCACAGCUCGCCGUCCCUCCUCGCCCGCCCCGAUGCAUCGAACGCCGAGGAUCCCCCUUCCCCCCCGGCCGGCUCGAACAAGGACAAUGGAGCGGCAGCAACAGAGAAUGGCCGGUCGGCCGAACCCGAGUCCAACCCGGCCACUGAUGCCGAUGCCGAUGCCAAACGGGAGAAGCUGAAGAGUGCCGGCUACGGCUCGGCCCGCGCCCGCGCCAACCGUAACAACCGCGUCGAGGAGGCGCCCCCCUUCGAGGUGCCUUCAUGGUUUUCGAUGCCCCAGAUCUCGCUGUACGAGCAGCGGCCCAUCGGUGUUCCUAGCACCCGGCUGCCCCAGCUGAGUCAGGCUGGUCGCGAGGUGCUGCUGGAUGUUCAGGAGAAAACGGUUAAGAAAGCCUCGCUCCAGGAGGAGGAAGUAGACGGAUUCAAAGACAGGUUGACUCGUUUUGCAAGGAGGAGAGACUGGGAGGAUGGCGCCCUAUUCCGAUUGCUGAAGCGGGCAAAGACCCUACACCGGGCGGCUUUCUGGCAGACUUUCCUGCUUACAUAUAAUGAAACCGAAGCCAACCCAAGUCACAUCGAGAGACUGCGCCAGCACCAUUUGGCGAGUAUGUACGAAAGGGAGCUGUGGCACCCGGCACCGUAUGCGCCCUCACAAGAGUCUCAGCGCUGGCUUGCAAAUGUCCGGUCCGACACCGGGCCUGGUUCGGGAUUUCACCAGAGCCCCAUAGCGCAACGACCGGACCCCGAGUAUGCCCCCUCCAUGGAACUCCUCGCCGUCGUGAACUCCCAGAUGAUUGCGUUGCCCACAUCUGACCGACAAGACGCGCACCGGCCCCAGAUUGUUCUCUCCAUACUCAAUGGAGCGGGGAGGACAGUCGCCGACUCGAUAAUCGACGACGUAGCCACGGACCUCAAGGCCGAUGUCGUGCACCUAUCUGCCCACCACAUCGCCCGUCUUCUGGGGCCGUACUUGGGUCAAACUCAGUAUUCAGCCCGCGGUUCCCUCUCCAUGCUUGGUCACGCCGCUGCCGAGAUGAACGGGAGGGCUGUGCCGCGGACCAUUCCCGCUCCCAACUCUGGCUCCGGCUCCGAGCCGGAUCAGAUCGGCGCGGUCGCCGUCGAGCUGCCCGUGCGGCUGCGGAAUUUGAUCACGCAGAGGGAGCUCUUUGGGGUGGGCGGUUCAGAUAACCGCUGGGAAGAUAUGAAAAUCGACUCGGCGCUGGAGACGAUUGUUGCCGCCGUUGAUCAGAAACGUGAACGAGAGGUGACGGUGACCAAAGCCUGCCCCUCGAUCAUAGCCUCCAUACGCAACGAGAACGAGUUAGAGGUGAAGGCGCUACGGCGAGACCUCAUCAUCCAUCUCCACGACUACGUGGAAGUGAACUUGCUGUACCGCCCCGUCGUCCAAAGGCUACGGGCCAUUGCCGACCGGAUGUGGAAGGCAGGGAGAAGGGUUGUUUUUGUCGGCAGCUCCUCUGGUGAGCUAGACAAGUUACCGGAGUACCGAGAGCAACUCGCCGAGCUGGCCCGAGACGGCGCUCACGUCAUCCCGUUCCAUGUCGACCCAACGAGGACGGACGUGGAAGAGAAAUGGACCAAUGCCGAAGAAAACCUGGCUAAUAUCGAGGAUAUGCUCCGUGCCAUGGUUGGCGACCAAGUCCCCAUAACCAUUAGCAAGGGGCUCCUGCACUCGAAAGAUACCAAAGUCUCGAAAAAGGACUUCGAUACCAUGUUUGACUGGCUAAAUAAAAACAUCCUUGACGCAGAAUGGGUACAACGUCUCGUAUCACUGAUGGUGGGUGCCCGAAUGGGCCCCCGCGAGGAGUACGGCGUUCCGGAGCUAUGCUACGGCAUGCAGUUCAUGCUCGACCGGGAUAAGCACUGGCAGAAGAUCAACCCAGAUAUCUACCCUCCUUACUCCUCCCCGCUUGCCGCGCCGCGAAAGUCGGCAUCCUCCCCCGCCAAGAACCUUUCCGGCGCGGCCGCGUCCAAACAAUAUAACGAAAAUGAGAAGAAGCUCCUCUCGGGUCUCAUCAACGCAAACGACAUUCACACAACCUUCGACCACAUCGUCGUCCCACAGGAAACCAAAGAGUCACUCAUCGGCCUGACCACCCUCUCCCUCGUCCGCCCCGAAGCUUUCUCCUACGGCGUGCUCAAGACGGAGCACAUUCCCGGCUGCCUGCUCUACGGGCCGCCGGGGACGGGCAAGACGCUGCUCGCCAAGGCAGUGGCCAAGGAGUCCGGGGCCAGCAUGCUCGAGGUGUCGGCGGCGAGCAUCAACGACAAGUACGUGGGCCAGAGCGAGAAGAACGUGCAGGCGCUCUUCAGCCUGGCGCGCAAGCUCGCCCCCUGCGUCAUCUUCCUCGACGAGGCCGACGCGCUCCUGGCCGCCCGCCGCACCGGCUCCACCCGCGCCGCCUACCGCGAGACCAUCACCCAGUUCCUGCGCGAGUGGGACGGCCUCACCGGCUCGCGCGCCUUCAUCAUGGUCGCCACCAACCGGCCCUAUGACCUCGACGAGGCCGUCCUCCGCCGCCUGCCCCGUAAGAUCCUCGUCGACCUGCCCCUGGCCCCCGAGCGCCAGUCCAUCCUGCGCGUCAUGCUGCAGGAGGAGGCCCUCGCCCCGGAUGUCGACCUCGCCCGCCUCGCCGCCGACACCGAGCUGUACUCGGGCUCCGACCUCAAGAACCUCUGCGUCUCCGCCGCCAUGGAGGCCGUCCGCGAGGAGGUGCGCGCCAAGGUCGCCUGGCAGGGCGAGGGCGAGUUCCAGUGGCCCGAGAAGCGCGUGCUAGAGCAACGCCACUUUGAUAAGGGCCUGCGCGAGAUCAGCGCCAGUAUCAGUGGGGAUAUGGAUGGUCUGAAGGCGAUCCGUAAGUUUGAUGAGCGCUAUGGCGACGCCGGGCGGAAGAAGGUUGUGAAGAAGGGGAUGGGCUUUGAGGUGGUGCCUGAUGAUGGGAAGGGGUCGAGUGGGGAGGCUAGGGUGAGGCAGGUCAAUCCUGCGGCUUGA